CAUUCUUCAAAGGAAUAUCAACUUUUCAGGACACAGCUAAACCAUCUAUCGCUCUUCGACCCAUAUGGAUCCUGGAGGAAGUGACCUGGAACUGAGCCUACCCCAGACGGAGAACCCCUGCCUGAUCGUAGAGGAUUCUCAGCCGGACAGCGUAGCUCUAGAAGACGACCCAGACAGCAGCUAUCGUGCUUUGCUGGCUCGCCGCCUCUCCAACCUUCAGCCCACUGCCCAGAGCCCCGUACUGGAAUUGAUUUCUUCUCCUGUGAAAAGCAGAAGCUCUGAUAACAACAGUCAAAGAGAAAGGAGACAGGACAUUGACACCGUCCAAACAGACAAUUUCAGUUCAGCUGCAUUGGAGCAUAGUCAAGUUCUUGAAGUUUGCUCAGUCAGAAAGAGUCGUGUUGAAGCCAGCAUGGAGUCUGGAGUGCAUUCUACCACACAGUGUGCUCAAUCUGAGGAUGGAUUGUCUCAGUUUGGGCUGUUGGCACUGUCUCAGAGUCAGACUCAGGAAGAGAUUGAAGCUACACCCAGUGAGAUGGACAGCUGUGAUCAGCCUAAGCCAAGAACAGUCGAAUCGAAGAGCCCUCCCCUUGCUUCAGAAGGCCAUGACAGCAAGUCACGGAGGUCAGAGGUCAGUUCCAGUAGCCCGUCACGACCCGGGUCCAGCCGAGAGAUGAGCAUCCAUAGCAUUCUGCACUCGCAGGCAUCUGAUGAGCAUGAGCUAAUGUCCUCUCAGGAUGACCUGUUUGACGGCGAGAACGACAGCCCAAGGGUCGACAGCACAGUGUGUGAGGCUGAAAAUCCGCCCACCUGUACCCCCGCUAACAGCCUCCGCCUCCUCCAUUUCUCUGGACAGAAAACUCUGGUUCAGGAGAGUCUCUCUCAGCAAUCCGUGGAGUUUGUGGCAGCUACGCAAGACCGCUUGAGCCAGACUCCCUUCAUUGUCCCCAGUUCACCCACAGGGCAAGACGAUGAACAAGGUUUUGAUGCAGCUGUGGACUCUCCCAUGGAUACAUCCUGCACCCCAGAAGACCAGUCACAUAAAAGGGAGGAUGAGCCAAUGGACAUGGACCCUACACCAAAGUCUCAGCCUACAACAUCAACCAGAGUUUCACAGGACUCACCAGGUCUUGCUCUGGAGAAGAACCCAUCUCUGCCAUCCCAGCCUGAGUUUUCACAUGAUGUGUUCAUGCCAACGCAAAGCCAGGAUGCUGGGAGUAAUAGUGUUGGUCCUGAAACCAUCAAGAGAAAUACUUCAGACACGGAGAAACCAUCUGCAGUACUACAGGCAGGAUCCCCCAAACAGACGGCCCCAGUGGAAAAGCACAAAACUGUCUCCGCCACUACAACCCAGCCCUCAGAACCGGCUGAAUCCUUCCAGUUGGAGCUGUCUGUUAGCAGCGAGAAGAGUGUAUUCACUGAGAAAACUCAAACUUUCAUGGUAGAGGAGGAUAGCCAGGCUACACAGAUAGAAUCAGAGGGGCCUAUGAGUGUGGAUGGAAGUGAUGCUGUUCACAGUCAGAAGACAGGGAAGAACAGGCUCCACCCUGAACCAACUACAAAUUCAUCGAAGGUCUCUCAGGUACCCAACUUAAACACAAGUGCUUCAGAGAAGGAAGAAUUUGACUGUUCUUUGAUGGAGCUUUCUGAAAAGCAGUGCUCUGGGUCACUGAAUAUACAAACUACAAAUGUAAGUGAAAAGAACAAAUCUCAGGUCUCUCAUCAGGACGUGAGACACACUUCAAAGCCCCCAUCUUCACAGCCAGCUACGAAAUCAACAGGUAUAGCUUCCACCUAUAACCCUGCUAGUUUACCAUCUCAGUCUCUAUCCCAGUCAGUCAUACCAGUUGCCUUGGAGUCUACAGGGCAGAUUGGAAAAGGGCAGAGUCAAAGCCAGCCUUUGCCUCAGAGUCCCAGCCAACAGAAAUACAGUCAGACUGCCUCACCGAGUCGCAGCCAGACUACAUCACACCAUCGAAGUGAGAUUGCCUCACCGAGUCACAGCCAGACUACAUCACAGCGUCGAAGUGAGACUGCCUCACCGAGUCACAGCCAGACUACAUCACCUCGUCGAAGUGAGACUGCCUCACCGAGUCACAGCCAGACUACAUCACCUCGUCGAAGUGAGAUUGCCUCACCAAGUCGCAGCCAGACUACAUCACACCAUCGAAGUGAGACUGCCUCACCGAGUCACAGCCAGACUACAUCACAGCGUCGAAGUGAGACUGCCUCACCGAGUCACAGCCAGACUACAUCACAGCGUCGAAGUGAGAUUGCCUCACCAAGUCGCAGCCAGACGACAUCACAGCGUCGAAGUGAGACUGCCUCACCGAGUCACAGCCAGACUACAUCACCUCGUCGAAGUGAGAUUGCCUCACCGAGUCACAGCCAGACUACAUCACCUCGUCGAAGUGAGACUGCCUCACCGAGUCGCAGCCAGACUACAUCACCUCGUCGAAGUGAGAUUGCCUCACUGAGUCGCAGCCAGACUACAUCACAGUGUCACGGUCAGACUGCCUCACCAACUCGCAGUCAGACUGGAUCAAAUCGUCAAAGUCAAACCGGAUCACAGCAUCAAAGUGAAGCCGCCUCACUGAGUCAAAGACAGACUGCGUCACAGCGUCAAAGUCAAAUAGCUGAUGGCUGCAGUAGUGAGAAAGAAAAAGAAGAGGAGGAAGAAGAGAAGAUGAUUGAGGGAGAGACCCUAAGCAUCACUGGAACUGAAGGUUCAAGGCUAUGCCUUGCUCUGUCCGAGAGUCAGAGAGUAUCUCCAGAGCCCAUGGAAGAAGGGGAGACAUCUCAGCCGUACCCCAGUGGGGUGGAGGACCGAAGGGAGGAGAGCUUUAGUGUUAUUAUGUUGGAUGAGAGUGAAAGAGUUUCUCAGCAAACAGCUGAAGCACAACACCUGCCACAGGGUCCAGGGAAAAUGUCACAGGGAGAUGAUCCAGAGCAAAGCUCAGACUCUCAAAGAGCGACACUGUCCAGACCAGAUUCUCAGCGCACAAUAAACAAUGCCAGCAAGAGUCUGAGUGAAAGCUCGGGGGAGAUUCCAUUUCACUUCACCCUCCCAAAAGAGGGGGAGCUGAUUGGCCCUGCUGUGAGUGCCACACCCCCUAUGAUCAACCAGUUGAAGAAGACUCCCAGACACAGCACUCCUAUUGAAAUGGCUUCAUUCUCGGAGCGGUCAGAGGGGGAUGUCACCACGGAAACCAUGAUGGCAGACAGUGAGAUCUCAGUGGAGGAGAGCAGAGAGGAGCUUGCUGCAGGGGCUGAUGGGAAAUUGAGUUUGAGGAUGAAGUUGGUAACCCCUGUGGAAGAGGUCAGCUCAGGGUCAGAGCAUUUCAGCCUGCAGAAACCUCCAUUAUCUGAUGAGGAAAGCUCUGUCUCCAAGGUUACCACUGUUUCCAAGGCUGUAACCAGCUCCUCAGUGUUUAGCCGUGUGCGUGAGGCUCACAGGCAGGUGCAGAUGGAGGAGAUCCAGCCCAGUGCUAACCCCCUCAGAGGGGUGUUGUCUCAGCAGAGAGAUUCUGAAGAUGACUUGACACAUCAGAGCCAAACACACCAAACUGCCUCUAACACUGACAAUGCAGGAGCAGCCAGCCAAUCAGAAGUCUCGCCUACCAGCCAGACAGACACAGUUGGCACUGCAAACAGGCCCCGAGCAUCUGUGCCAUCCCCUUUGAUUCAUACCAAUGGCACAGCCCUGGAGUGUCCGUCUACCCCCCCUGCUGCUGGCCAGACAGAAAGAGAGCAGAGGGAACCCAGCGCAUCUGAACAGACACCUGUUCGACAGAAAGCUGUUUCCCAGCAGACGAGCUUUGAUUUACCCACUGCUACCAGUCCCCCCAGUGGGAGGGCAGCAUCUCAGCAGAUCAGCUUCGAUGUCCUUGGAGCACAGCAGACUACCAACAGGGGAGAUCCUGAUACCCCCUCUAGACCUCCAGGACCCUCUCUGCGCCGCCACAUACGCACCAUCCAGGAGACCCGCACCACCGUCACACGCAUCAUCACAGACGUGUACUAUGAGAACGGCCAAGAAGUGAGCCGCACGGUCACAGAGGAGUCUGAGGAGCCGGCUGUGGACUGUCGUGUGUUGGACAGCGAUAUCUCUCCCUCGCGCUCGGGAACACCCAUGACAUCUGGGGACUUGGCAGAUAUCAGCUCACUCUCUUCCAAAGGUUCUCAUCAUAAUCACAGCUCCAGCAGCGGAGGCCUCGGUCCAGUCAGGGCUCCGGAAUUCAUCGUGCCGCUAAGUCGAGGGGCCAGAACUGCCAGCCCCGGCCGAGGGGGCAGAGUCCAGCAGAGGUCUCAGUUUGUGGGUGUGAGUUCAAAGGGGACAGUGGUCACUCCAGUCAGCCCCCGUGGGCGAGCGCGGAGAGGAAGACCCCCCUCUCGCAGUACACCACCCAGGGGUGGCAGGUCAGGGCAAGGUGAGAGGUCACGAGGCCAGCCAAUUUCUUCCUCCGAGGAAGAGAACUUCACCCGUGUGUGCCCGCGAGUGCCCGUAAGCCCAGGCAGACGUAGCGCCACCAGCCGCUCCGACUCCCUCAACACGUCCCCAGACAGCAGCGCUGGGGCCAGCAGCUUUGUGGGGCUACGCGUGGUGGCCAAGUGGUCGUCCAAUGGCUAUUUUUACUCGGGCAGCAUCACCUGUGACCUUGGGGAGAGCCGGUUCCGCCUGCUGUUCGAUGAUGGUUAUGAGUGUGAGGUUCCAGGCAGAGACAUUUUACUGUGUGACCCCAUUCCUGUUGACACGGAGGUUACUGCACUGAACGAGGACGAAUACUUCACCACAGGGAUUGUGAAGGGCCAUAAGACAGAAGGCAGAGAGCUGCUGUACUGCGUGGAGAAGGAUGGACAGAGUAAAUGGUAUGGCAGAAGGGCCGUGAUUCUGUCUGUGGAGCAGGGAAACCGUCUGAGGGAACAGUUUGGCCUGGCGCCAUACGAACCCACUACUCCCCACACCAUGGCCUCAGACAUCAGCCUCGAUAAUUUGGUGGAGGGGAAGCGGAGACGAAGAGGAAAUACUGCUGGAUCAGUAACACCAAACCGCAACUCUAGUAGCAGUCCCAGGACCCCGGGGCCUUCUGGGAAGCGGAAGCUCAUCAGCCCCGCUGAAGAUCAGCAGACACCAGCCAAGAGAGCACACAAAACGGGCAGAAAUAAAACUGGUUUGUUUGUGUCAGUAGAACAGGCUAAAUGUAACACCUCUGGGAGUGGCACAGACUUGCCUUCGGACCCAUCCAGUGUGGUGGCCACUCACGGGCCAAUGCCUGACUCCGCUACUUUGUUCAUGGGCUUCGCCUUUCUGCUGACUGCCUCCUCAGAGACAGACCGCGAGUCCAACGUGCUCAACAGCGAUGGCGAGGAAGAAUAUGUGCAGACUGCCCCAUAUAACAAACGCUACACUGAAAGUCAACUGGAAACGGGUGGAGGAUUCAUCCUCCAGGAGUUUAACGAAGAGCAGUGCAAAGCAGCGUACCAGAGCCUGCUGAUAGCUGACCAGUACUGCCGCAGUCGCAAGUAUCUACUGUGUCUGGCUGGCGGGGUCCCCUGUGUAUCUCACAUAUGGGUGAGAGACUGCUGCCAGGAGAAGAAACUGCUCAACUACAGAAACUACCUACUACCUGCCGGAGUGGGACCAGGGGGUCACAUAGUUGAAUGGCAUCCUCGUGCCACUCCCUUCAAAGCCUUGAGGGUGCUGCUGGUUUUGGACGAGUCUGUGGAUCUGUGGACAGAGCUUCUCCGCAUGGGUGGGACUGCCACUGUGAAACAGCAUCGGUUAAACAAGGACAGCUCAGACAUUCCUGCUGACAAGUUUGACGUGUUAGUCACGGUUAGCGCGUGUCCUGCUGAGCUGCUGCAACGUGUGAGGCCCCUGCAGGUCCCCGUGGUAUCUCUGGAGUGGCUGAUUCAGAGCGUGAUCAGUGGAGAGCGACAGAACUAUGGCAGUAAGCCAGAGUACCGUCAUGACUACUCCCCUUAAAGCACCAUCUAAACGUCCUCUGUUUUAGAGCAUGC